CUUGGCAGUCUGUCUCUGCUAACAAUUGCUUUUCUUUCCCAAGUAUAUUAUUAACAAUUAUGCUAUUUUAACAUUUUUCUCCGUAUAUCAUUAAGAUAGAUCAUUAUGAGAUAGAUUGUAUUGAUGAGAUAGAUCAUUGAAAAUAGGAAUGCCUAAACAAGAUUUAUUAAUAGAUCCAUCUAAUGAAAUCGAAUUCACGGGUCCUUUCGACGAAAUUUCGAUAUCUGAAUUAAUUCUCACCAACGUAACUAAGAAAAGAAUUUAUUUUAAAAUAAAGACUAAUCAACCCAAUAAAUACUCCAUUCGUCCUCCUAAAGGAACAAUAGCUCCCGAUGAAAUAAUUAUCGUCUUAAUUUCUCUUCUUCCGAAUAAGUAUGACCCCAAAGAGAAAGGAAGACAUAAAAUAAUGGUUCAGUACAUGGAUGCUCCACUUCACGAAGCUAGUCCAGUUGAAUCUUGGGAAAAUGUUGGUGUUAAUGAUAUUACGGAGAGAAAAUUGAAAUGCGUAUUUCACGACGAUGUCGACCAGAUUUCAUUCUCGGAUCUCUCUUUCGCUUCGACACUUCAUCAAUUGUCCUUUCACACCAUCAGCUUUCCACAUUUAGAAGUAUCGUGUGGACAAACUUUAGAAACAAAAAUCGCCCCGUGUAGACCACCACAAAAUAAAGAGCACAAAUAUAAAGAUUUUAAUAAGAGUUACAAUGGAAGUAUAAUGACUCCAAAUCAGGAACAGGAGAACAGUAACUUCUCAUGGAAAUUUUGUUUCGGUUUAUUUAUUUUGUACUUGUUGAAUGAAAGCUUAAAAAAUUGACAAAAUAUUUAAAAUAAAUUCCUAUAUAAAAUAACGUACAGCAGAAAAAUCUUGUGAAUAUCUUCCAUUUAAAUCACACUGCCAUUUUCUAAAAUUUCGUUUGCGGUUCUCGUGUCUCUUACAAUUAUAUCCAGUAAAGUAUCGACUUGUAACAAGAAUUACAAUUAAGGCUGUAGCCUCUUUGGUUAUAUACGAAAUUUCCAGCAGAUGGG